AAUAUUUAAAACAUUAAAAAAGGAUUUUUCAAUUGUUACAAGUCACAGUCAACAACAUGGACUUCGGCGGCACUCAGUCGCUAAGCAGCAUUUUACAGCCGGAGGAGCUGCAGCUAGUGCCAGACAAGAUACAAGAAAAACUUUCUUCUUACAUUGAGAAAUUUUCGGACGAAUAUUGCAAGGAACGGGCAGCCGCAAAUCGCCUAAGUGAAACGGAACAAAAGAAUGAAGAGUUGCAAAACCAAAUUCUCGACAAUCAGGUAAAAUUCACCAACUUUGAGCAAAAUGUGACAGAGCUGCGCACCCAGUUGGAUCAAGUGUCCGCUGAACGUGAUCAACUGCUGGAGUCUGUUAAGACUUAUGAUCAAAAUGCGGCGACGCUGCGCAAGGAGAAGGUGUCCUUUGUGGAUGAGCGUGACUCGCUGCUCAAGGUGAUCGAACGGCAGAAUGGUGAGCUGGAACGGCUCAAGCAAGAUCUGCAAACGUAUCAGCAGCAGCUGAGAGCCGCCAUCACAGCCAAGUGUGAGGCGAUUGCUCGCUUGGAUGAGGUGCAAAGCAAAGAGCUGUCGCUGGACAUGAAGGAGCGACGGCUGGAGAGCGAGCGUGCCAUGCUCCAAAAUGAGAUACAAUUGUUGAGCAGCGAUCUGAAUCGCAACAAUGCCGAACUGCAGAAUCUGCGUCGCGAUCACAACAUGAACACCAUGCAUUUGGAGGUGCGUCUCAAGGAGAAGUGCGACGAGCUGCAGAUAAUCCAAGGCCAGAAUGCCCAAUAUUUGAAAUGCAUUGAGGAUCUGAACAAGAAGAUUGAGGACCUGAAUAAAUCAAUGUUCCAGCACAAUACGGCAACCGAAAAGUUCGUGGACACCCUCAAAAAAGAACUGGACACCAAGCAGAAACUUGUUGAUAUCUAUAAGAAUGCCGAUUCCCAGAAUAUCGCCGAACGCAAUGAGCUGCUUAAGGGCAUCUCGGAUCUGAAGCGUAUGCUGACCGAGACCACCGACCAAUAUGGUGAACUGGAGGCCGAAUUCCAGCAGUACAAGGAAGCACAUACCGAUGAGUUGACGGCGCUCAAUAAAACAAUUGACUCGCUCAAGCAAGAGAUUGCACACGCCGGCGAUUUGCUGAAGGAGGCCCGGGAGCAGAGUCUUGAGAGCGCCAUAUGCAAAAUGGCACCAACUGCCGCUGUGGCUAAUCGUCUGAUGCGCUCGGAUAUGUCGCUGACCGAGCUGUACUCGCUGUAUGCAAAGAAUUCAGAAGAGCUCGAAGGAAAGAAUCGGGAGAAUGCCCAGCUCAAACUGCAGAUUAAGUCCAUUGUCGAGGAGAUCAAUGAGCGUGCGCCUGUCUUCAAGAAGCAGGACGAUGACUACAUCAAACUGAACGAAGCACACACUCAGCUGCUGCGCCAGCGCGAUGAGAUCGUCGAGCAGAAGCUGAGCAUCGAACAGGAAUUGGAGCAGACACAAUUUGAUGUUACGCGCCACGUCAAGGAAAACAAGAAACUGAAGCAAUCGCAAGUGGAUUUGAGUCGCCAGGUUUGCCUGCUGCUCGAUGAGCUCAAUUGCCUGCGUGCUGGCGUCAAUCGACCGCGCAACCAGUCCCAGUCCGGCAUCAUACACAAUUCGAGUGAGGCCAUCAGUCGGGAUCUUGUCACAUUCGAUUCGAUUGCCGAAUUGCAGUCGCAGAAUGUGAAAUUGUUGUCGAUGAUACGGGAAUUGACCACCGAACUGGAAGCGUAUGAGCUGCGAAACGAUCAACUGCAGCUGAAGGCCUACGAGGAGAAAUUGGAGAAGGCCACGAAACGUUUCGCUGAAAUAGACGAGGAACUCAACCAAAAGAACAACACAAUUGCUACACUGAUGGCCAAGUGUGAGCACUACAAGAAGCUCUACUUCGAUGCCCAAAAGAAACUGGGUAGCCAGAUCAUAGACAUAGAUGAUUCCAUCAUACUCAUUGACGAAUCCAAGUUGGAGCAAUCGAAGGCUGUUCAUAAUGCCCAGAAACUGGAAGCGGAAGCAAAGCUGGAGCGACGCAUACGCAGCCUGGAGCAGCAGCUGGAGAAUGAGUCGAAGAAAUAUGCAGCGCUGAAAGAGAACUAUGAAUACUACACCAGCGAGAAGCGCAAGAAUGAUGCACUCGUCCAGGAGCAGUUCGAUUCGAUGCGCAAGGAGGUCCGUGAACUCACCUCCGGCAAUUGCAAACUGAUCAAUGCCAACGAGUUCCAGAAGGAACAAAUUGAGCUGCUGCAAAAGGGCAUCGCUGCGUAUAAACAACAGAUUGCCGCACUCGAGGAUCGCACCAAAAACUAUGAGAAGACGAUCAUCAAGCACGAGCAGACCAUUCACAUGCUCAAGGAUGAGGUGAUGACGGCUCACAACAAACAGGUGACAUCCGAAACGGAGACGCACAACCUGCGCCACGAGAAUCGUGUGCUGAAGGACACCACGGCACGGCUGCAGGCCGAAAAGGAGGGCUACAAUCGCGAGCAUCAGAAUCAGGCAUUGUUGCUCAACAAUCUGGAGUUCAUCAAGGCCAAUUUGGAGCGCUCGGAGACGGAGGGACGUCUGCGUCUCGAGCAGCGACUCGAUGACACUGUUCGCGAGUUGUCUGCCCAGCGUCGUCAUUUCUACGAGGAGGAGGAGAAAUUCCGCGGAACAUUGAACGAAUUCAAGCGUCAAACGGAAACGGCCAACAAGUUGAAGGAGGAAGAGCGCCAGCAUGCCGAAAAGUGGCACAACGAAUUGAAUGCCGUUCGCGAGGAGCUCGCCGCCAAGGUCAGCCAGGUGAAUGAUCUCAGCAAGAAGCUGCAGGAGAGCCUCACCCCAUCCAAGGACGAGAAUCCAAUCACUGCGGCCAACAAAAAAGCGCGCGAAUUCGAGUUGCGCUACGGGCAGGCUAGAAUCGAAAUCGAAUCCCUCACGAAGGAGCUGGCGAAGACGCGUGAGCACGGUGAUCAGUUCUACAAGAUGUCCCAAUCGGCAGAGAGCGAAAUCAAACGAUUGCAUGAUAUGCACGCCGAUAUCGUGGCCAAGGCCGAGGCGGAGAUCAAGAAACUCAAGAGCUCCGAGGCUGAGCUGCAGACGCGUGUCACCGAUCUGGAAGCUGAGCUGAUGCUCAGCAAUGUGACCGAACAGAGCAAGUCCACCAAUCAAUCGGAUCAGCUGAAGAUCGCCCAGGAAGAGCUCAAGAAUGUGCUGGAGAAACUGACCGAAUCUGGUCGUGCCAUUCGCACGCUGCGCGCCGAGAACUCGACGCUUGCCGAGUCCUUAAAUGCCGUCGAAGUCAAGUAUGCCAAUGAAAUGGUAUUGCACUCUUCCGAUAUCCAAGAAUUGUCAAAAUUCAAGACAGACUUCUUGAAGGUGCAAGACGAACUGAAUCAACUGAAGAAUGGUCGUGAAUCGCUACAAAAUGCCCACGAUGAGCUGCUGAAGGCAAACGCCGAGGCACAGAUCACGCUGCAAAAGGAGAUGGAAGAGUCUGAGAAGCGUGUGUCUGAUCUGAAUGCGCUCAAUGCCAGUCUGCACGAUCAGAUUGAGGCGCUGACAACAAAAUUGGCUGCGCUCGCCCAGACUGCGUCGUCGACCAAUAUGUCGCUUAACGAAUCGCUGAUGGAGGCGGCCACAUCCACAAUGGAGCUGAGCAGCUCAAUGACGGCCAUGGAUGAGAUCAAGAGCAGCGAGCAGUUGCUGAAGAUUAUCAAAUUCCUGCGCAAGGAGAAGGAUUUGUAUGCGGCCAAGCUGGACAUACUGAAGGCGGAGAAUGCUCGUCUAGUGUCGGAGCACACGCUGCUGCAGAAGAAGGUGGAUGAGCUGAACGGUUAUCUGAAGCAGGAGCGCUCCAAGAGCGAAACCGAUGUCGUCUCGGCGUCCAAGCACGAGGCAGUGCUACGCAAGAUCGAGACCCUCAAUGCCAUCACCGACAGCAAUCGCAUUUUGCGCGAGGAGCGCAAUGCGCUGACAAAACGCGUUGCAGAGUUGACGGAGCGCAUCAGCAGCGUAGAGAAGGAGCUGUUCCCGCUUCAGUGCGGCAACAAGGAGCUGACCUCAAAGAUCGAGGAGCUUAAUGUUGAGAACACCUCGCUGCGCACCGAGGCCAUCAAGUGGCGUCAGCGUGCCAAUGCUCUCGUCGAGAAGAGCAACAGAAAUCCCGAGGAGUUCAAGCGCCUGCAAGCGGAGCGCGAGAGUCUCGCCAAGCUGCUAACAACCGAGAAGGAGGUGAAUAAGAAGCAGUUGGACGAACUAACGUCACUCAAGUCGCGCCUCGAGAACGAGAUUCCGGCGUUGAAUAGGAAUCUCCAGAUGCUGGAUGAGGCGCGUAAGAAGCAAAUGGAUGAGUCCAUGUCGCUGAAGCAGACGAGCACACGGCAGGCGCAGGACAUUAUGGAGCUGAAGAAUCGGCUACUGCAAAAGGAGGAGGAACUGCUGAAGGCGCAGGAGGAGCUCGAGACAAAGGAUAAGGUCAUCCAGGACAAGGACAGCAAGGAGAUAAUGCUGCGCAAACUGGCCAAGCGCUACAAAGACUACUACACUGGACUCCAGGCACAAUCCGGUGGCACGGACACCGUCGCCGAAUUGGAGAAGGUACGCUCCGAACUGGACGAGCUGAACAACACGAUGCGCAGCACCAAGGAGCAGCACGAGAAGCUGCAAAAGGAGCACGACGAGCUCAAGGCACGCUCCAAUGUGGAACAGGCAAGCGGCGAGUCCAAGCAAAAGAUCGAACAGCUGCUCCAGGAGCUAACCGUUACCAAAACGGAGCUGACCAACCAGGAGUCGGCACUCGCUGGGACCAAGACUAGCUACGAUGAGACUGUGCAGCGUCUGGAGAAGGAGCUGCAGGAUCACAUUGCCAGUAACAAGGACAUCAAUGCUCGGCUCCAGCGUGAAAACGAAUCCCUCCACAUGCGCAUCAAUCAGCUGCAGCGUCAACUGGGCAACCAACAGUCAACCAAGCCAUCCACCAGCUCCGUGGGCAUGGCCGAGAAGGGCAGCAUCUCGGAAUCGUCGCCACGCACAGCCAAUGUGAAGCCCAUGUCAGGUUCGGCCACUGUGCAGCAGUCGGCAACGGUGACGCCAUGGCGCGGCGGCGAAACACCUCUAGCCAGCAUACGACCCAUAUCUGUGCAGAAUAGUCGCACGGCGGCCAUACUGCCGACUAGUCAGCAGCCGGGUGCGACCACCUCGUCAACUUCAACGUCCACAUCCACUUCAUCGGCAGCCGCCGCCUCAGCUGCCGGCAGCAGCAGCACCAGCAGCAGCAGUAGCAGCAGCACCACCAGCUCUUCAGCUGUGGGCAAUACGGCCCUGGUGCCGCCACAGCAGCAGGUGCAUACCACUGGCAGUGCCACCUUGGAAUCGAUGGCCUCCUCAUCGCCGACAUCCUCGCAUACCGAUUAUAUGCCGUCGACUAGCUCCGCUUCGGUCGCCGUUGCUGCCAUACCGCCGAUGGGGGCCAGUGCAACGGCGGCGGCGGAGAGCUCCCAGGAGGCGGAGAGUGUCCAGCAUCCGCAGCAGAAUGAUGCACAGCUCUUUGUGGGCGGUGCACAGCAGCAGGUGGUGGCUCUCGUUUCACCACGUGUCGAAGGCUCAUCGUCGUCAUCGUCGAGCAGCACAACAACCACAUCGACGCCGACGGUGCCCAGCGUUCAGGAUGCCAGCACUCAACAGCAGCCGAGUACAUCGGGCAGCAGCAGCAGCUCCUCGACGGUGGUCAGCAGUCACAGUCGCCACACGCCGUCCAGCAGCAAUGUGACCACCACCCAAGCGGGUUGCUCCAAACGUCCGCGCGAUGUCGAAGGCGACUCCUCCACCAAUGCCGAGGAAGGUGUACCCGAAAAAAUAGUCAAGCUGGCGAAACGGAUGCGUGUACCGAUGCAUGGUGGUGAAUUGUCUGCCGGGCACAUUGGUGACUCUGGCAUGGAUGUGGAUCAGAUGCCCACGUCGUCGCAGCGUGACCAGGAAGAUGAGAUUCAGGUCGUUGACUCUGACGAUGAUGAGGAGGAGGAAGAUGCCCUGGGUCCAAUCGAUGGUGGCGAUGCCGAGCAGGAGGAGGGCUACGAGGACUCCUACGAGCAGGACAACGAAAUGGAGGAUAACGAUGGUGCUGACGAUGCACCCGAUGAGCACAACGAAGUGGACGUUGAGCAAGUGCCGGUGCCUGCUCAAGCCGAGAGCCAACUACUCACCAAUUCACCCGCCACCACCGUGUCCACGCAGCAGGAGAACAAUCAGAGCCAGGCCAUAACCAGCGGCAGCGGCGAGUCGAACACACUCCAAAUGCCUCAGGCCGAGGCCAACUGGAAGCAGCAGGCGCCCUCAACAUCAACGGCUGCAGCACAGCGAGGCCGCACUGAGAGCUCUGUUGAAAUUGUGAGCUCGCCCCAAGUGUCCAACUUUAGUGAGCAACAACAACCCACUUGCGUCGAGGCAGAAGUCGAUGGCACAGCUGUAGCGGAGGCUGCUGCGGCGGCAGAUGAUGUUGCCGGCACCAGCGCCAGCACCAGCGUUGAUUAUACUACAGCUGCCGCGGGCAGCUCACCUCAGAAACCAAAUGAGGCAGCUGAGCAGAGCAGCAGCACCAGCAGCGGCAUCAGCAUCAGCCACACUGCGGAGGCCAAAGACAACCCGGACGAAGGGGAGCCGACAGGCGCAGAGAAUGUGAGCGAGGCAGAUGAGGCAUUUGCUGAAGAGACAACAGCUGGACAGGCCGAAGAAUCCUCCCAGCAGCUUAGCAAUGAAAAUCCCAAUGUGGGCACCAGCCAAUCUUUGGAGACAGAGAAUCAGGAAAAUCCGGCUGAAGGACCCUCGGAGGAUAACGAAGGUGCCGAUGGUGUAUCUUCAGAAGGCGAAAAACAGGCCGUUGAAGUGGAGGAGGAGGGUCGCGAAGCGGAAGCCACAUCGCCAUCGGAGAACACACGGUUCCGCAAUUUGAGGAGUGCUGUACCCGCUCGUCGCGGCGGUCGUUCCAUAAUGCGCGGCAACAAUAGUAACAGCAACAACGCCAACAGGCCGGCACGCAUUGUGUGGCAGCGUGACAACGCCCCAGGCAAUAUGCGUGGUCAUCCCGGCAUGCAGGAUCACAAUAACAUGCCCAGCGGCUCGCCGAAUAGCAAUCGCAUAUUCGCGAAUCGUUCGCGCGGCCGUCGCCCGAUGCGGCGUCCAGGACCAAACAAUUUCAAUCCCGGCGGUGGCGGUUAUCCGUGAACGAGUCGUGGAGGACCAUAUAAUCCAUACUGUUAGUUUAUAAGGCCUCUAGGCAUUUAAACAUAAUAUUAUAUAUUAUAAAACUGAUAAUAAGAUUAACAUUAAAUGCCCAAUAUUACAACAAAAUCA